AUGGCUGAGCCCAGCAUCGCCGACGAGGGGAGAUCCGCUGCAUCUACAAAUACAAAAAGAGACCGUGACUCUGCUAACGGUGGGACGACCGGUCCGACGAUGUCAGAAAAGGAUUCCCGUUUCCGCACACUCGAACUCGUAGAUCGGUACAUCGACGAACCGCGGAAGUUACGCGUCGUGGUCAUCGGCGCCGGGAUCGCGGGCGUGGUCGCGGGCGUGCUGCUGCCGGCCAAGGUGCCGGACAUCGAGCUCACGAUCUUGGAGAAGAACGCGGAUGUGGGCGGCACCUGGUUCGAAAACAUAUAUCCAGGCGUCCGAUGCGACAUACCCGCACAUGUCUACCAAUCCAGCUUCGAGCCCAACAGCCAAUGGAGCGAGGAAUUUGCCCAAGGCGCCGAGAUCCUCGCCUACUGGCAGCACGUCGCGCGCAAGCACCGCGUCUACGAGCUCCUGAAGCUCGCGCACCGCGUCGACAGCCUCGACUGGGACGACGCCCAUGGGGCGUGGACCGUCGGCGUCACGGACCUUAGCUCCUCAAACUCGAACGACGCAGAGACAAAGUCCACGCUCACGCUCACGGCCGACUUCGUCAUCACGGCCAGCGGCCGCUUCAACGCCUGGCAGCUGCCAGACUACCCCGGCAUGUCGGAGUUCCAGGGCCUCCUGCGGCACGCCUCAAACUGGGACCCCAAUUUCGACCCGGCCGGCAAGCGCGUCGCCGUCAUCGGCAACGGCGCGUCCGGGAUCCAGCUCGUGGCGAACCUAUCGCCCGUCGUCGCGCACCUGGACCACUACGCGCGCAGCCGGACCUGGGUCGCCGCCUCGUUCGCCGGCGACGCGACGUCCACGAUCCCCAAGCCGUUUCCGCCAGAUCUACUAGACAGCUUCCGCAAAGACCCGAGGGCAUACACGCGAUGGCGCAAGGGCGUGGAGGAUAAGUACUGGCGCGGCGCCGAGUCGUGGCUGCGGGACUCGGAGCGCAACGAGAGCGAUCGCGCGGGGUUUGUCGAGUACAUGCGCUCGCACCUUGUUAUAGCCAGGAAACCGGAACUACUAAAAGAGCUGGUCCCGGACUUCUCGCCGCAUUGUCGCAGGCUAACACCUGGACCGGGGUACCUGGAGGCGAUCACGAAGGCGAACUGCGAUUAUGUGCAGAUGGGUAUCAGGCGAUUUACGAAGAACGGCAUUGAGACGGUGGAUGGACGCCUCAGGGAGGUGGAUGCGGUGUUCUGCGCCACUGGGGCGAAUGUCGAUAUGGUGCAGCGGUUUCCGGUCCGCGCGAGGGGACGGGAGCUGGGCGGGCUGUGGGGGAAGGGAGGGGAGUUGGGGUUUCCUUAUACUUAUCUUGGGGCGGCGACGCCUGGAUUUCCUAAUUUGUUGUUUCUACACGGCCCCAACGCCUCCGGCCGCUCCGGCAGCGUCCCCCACGCCAUCGAGUCCCAGAUAACCUUCUUCGCCAAGAUACUGCGCAAGGCCUCACGCGAGGGCAUCAGGGCGAUGCAGCCUUCCACAAACGCCGCCGACGACUUCGUCGAGUACUGCGACACCUUCUUCAAGACGACGGUGCUGUCCGAGAACUGCAGCUCGUGGUACAACAGCGCCACGCCGGGGGGUCGGAUCCAUGGGCUCUGGCCCGGGAGCGGUGCGCAUCUGGGUAUUAUUCAGAGGGAACCAAGGUGGGAGGACUGGGAGUAUGAGUAUUUGGAUGAAGGUGGUGAGGGUGAAGGGGGUGGAAAGACUAAUCGGUUCAUGUGGUAUUUUGGACGUGGGGCUACGCGCAAGGAACAAGAUGGGGACGCGGAUAUGACGCCUUAUCUUAAGGAUCUAGAAGAUAUCGAUUUGAGGGCGUUGCAUGAGGGUUGGUGGGACAUUCCCUAG